GGCUGGUGUCAUCGGCAGCGGCGUGGGCGUGGUUACCGGGGAAUGCCUGGAGAGAGAGUGUGGCAGUGAUUGGCUGGCGUCAUGAGACGGCGCCAUUUUUCUAUAUUUAAUAUAAAACCUGGAAUAUUCCCAUCUGUGCCAUUAGAAGCAGAAUAAAGUGCCAGCAUGGUGUCCUAGAUGGGGAGAUUCCAGAAGCAGGUGUGCCAGUUUGUGCUGGAUUACUUUGAUAGAACAUACACUAAAGAACUGGGGAACGCCUGGAGCACAGUCAGGGAAGUGCUUACGUCCCCUGAAUGCUGGCAAUAUGCCGUCCUGCUGAAUAAUUUCACAUCCCCUUGGGCGCUGGAGAAGCAACUGCACUUGAAAGGCUAUCGCCUGCUGUUUCAAGAAAUCUUCUGUCCGCAAACACUACAGUGUUUCAUUAAUGGAAACCCCGGCAAAUUUCCUUCUCAGCGGCAUCGAACUGGAAAACUGAAAGAGUAUUACGUGCUAAAUGCCUCUUCGCUUCUGCCAGUCCUGGCCCUCGACGUGAGGGAUGGAGAGAAAUGGCUGGAUAUGUGUGCUGCUCCAGGGGGCAAAUCCAUAGCGUUCCUGCAGUGUGCCACCCCAGGUCGCCUUCAUUGUAAUGAACCAGAUCUUCCCCGAUCACGGUGGCUGAAGCAGACCCUGGAGUCAUUUGUACCAGAGACAGAUAGGAACCACAUCUUUUUCUCAGAACUUGAUGGAAGGCUUCUGGGGAAGUUCCACUCGGGAUUUUAUGACAAAGUACUAGUGGAUGCCCCUUGUUCCAAUGACAGAAGUUGGCUGUUUUCAUCAGAUGUUCAGCAGGCUGCAGCACGAAUAUCCCAGAGGAAGAGCCUUCCAGUGCUUCAAACAGAGCUGCUCAGGUCUGCGGUGGAAGCGUUACGUCCCGGAGGAUCGCUGGUGUAUUCUACCUGCACCCUGUCAAGGGCAGAGAACACUGAUGUCAUUACAAAUAUCUUAAAUUCUUGCAGCAAUGUUGUACCUAUGGACCUGAGUUCUAUGGCUAGUGCCUUAUCCCAUGAGUUCACUUUUGCCCCAGGUAUACCUCAUGGGCUCUUGGUGCUACCGGACAACGGAAAAUCAUGGGGCCCCAUGUUUGUAGCUAAGUUAUUAAAAGUGUAGGUUAAACAGUAAAUUUCAGAUAAAAAAAGUAUCAUAAAUUCUUUGAUAGCUGUGUACAACCUUUCCCCACUCUUUUUCAUGACAAUCGAGCCAGCACCAAUGGCAAUGAUACAAAGAAUGUCGUUGGUUAGUGUGUUAGGUUACAUGGCCCAAUAAACGCUGCUGACAGACAGCAUCAGCAGCUUAUUGGCCUGUGUAUGGGGCUCAACCCCUUAUCCACCUGCCCAAUAUCUGGCUGAAAAUUGCCUAAAUGGCAAUAGGGCAGGUUUAAAAAUCCUGUUGGGGUGAGGAACUCAUUACUCAUUUGGCAACCAACAUGCACUGCCUUCAUGACCAGACAAUCAGUUUGAUACUGAGAUUCAUAAUAUUAAAUUAUUGUGCAGAUGAUUUUACUUAUGACGAUAGGGCCAUUUGCAUGGAAAGUCAUUUAAGUGGAACAUCCAUAUUUGUGUUGCCUGGCUAUGUUUAGCUAGUUCAUAAUUCAAAAAAUAUAAUGUUUCUGGCACAUUAAAAAGAGAUUUAUCGUCAGAUAGUUAUGGUCAGAUGGCAUGAAAACAAAAACAAAAAUGCAACCUGAGCUUGAAGUACCUUCAUAGGCAUUGGUUCUUGAUAUUUCGAACAGAAAAAUACAAAGUGAGAAUUACAUUUUUUUUUUCAUAUAAAUUGGUAUUUAAUGUCCUCCUCAAUUUUUCCUAAAAGCCAGUGUCUGGGGUGCCAGGGGCCUACCAGAGAACCUUAGACUGUGGGCCCAGUCUCCAAGCAAUUUUCCUUCUCUCUUCACUUGUAUUAUUUAUCUUCUUUCUAUUUAUUUUCUUUUUUCCCAUAUAGAAGUAGAAUGACUGUGGUAAAGGCAUACAAGGAAAAUGAAUGGGUGAGCAGGAGAGCCCACUGACACCUGGGCCCACUGGGAGUUCUCUUGGUAGCCUGGUGGGCCAGUCCGGAAAAUGAGUAACCUCCUCUGCAUGCUAGCAAAUGCACGGAGCUAGUCAGGGAAAUAGGAGAGCUGGAGUCUAUUGCAUGUGCUGAAAAUGAUGGGCUGUGAAUUUAAAUAGGGGUGAGCAGGGACCUCAACUCUGGGAUUGCAGUGGAUGUCAUUUGCUUGGACUUUGCUAAAGCAUUUUAUACAGUAUCACACAGAAAGUAAAUUAUAAAAUUGAACUAUAUUGGCCUGGAACAUAAUAUUUGUACCUGUAUAGAGAACUGGAUGAAGGAUAGAUUACUGAGAGAGGUAGUAAACGGAACAAUUUCUACUUGGGCCAGUGUUGUUAAUAGAGUACCGCAGGGGUCAGUCCUUGGUCCUAGAGAAAAGAGUGCUAGUUUUACCAAUACCUGUAGAUGAUCUAUGAAAUAUCCUAUAUUCCCACUUUAUCCUAAUAGACUUAUGAGCUUGUGCCUAGGUGCCAUGUAACAUUUGAACCUGAAUUUGGUAGUGUUUAAUAGUGUGUAGAACGUAGAAUGAUUGUAUAGAAUAUUAGUAUAGAACACUAUAGAAUUAGAAAACAAUAACCAGUGAAACCUUUAAAACAGACAAAAUAGUUAAUGGUAUACAAAUAAGGGGAGGGCCUAUAGACUAUAAAUGUGUGGAUAGGAAGCUCUAAAGUUUUCUGCAUGUCCUGUUCCUAGUGCUUCAUAUGUGAGCAAAGGUUAGGUGUGGCUGGGCAGCAUUGUGCCACCCCGGGUCUUUGUGGCCUCUGUGUGCCUAGGGCACAACAGUGUAGGGGGGCUAGGCAUGAACCUCUUGGACCAACUUGGAUCUGUUACCUAUGUCCUGUGCAAAGGUGAUUGCCCUUCUGGCCUAGGGAUCUUGUGACCAGUUCUUGCCUUGGUUUACAUAAUGGAAGGGAGAAUAUGGCUCUUUCUGUCUUCCUGGAUUCCAUCAUAGCAGGGGGUGACUCAGCUUGAGAGACUGAGGUCAAGAAGGGCUUCUGUACAAAAAGUAGAGUUGAAGAGGGAUCCAGUUUAAGAGACUUAGCAAAUAGUAGUGAGCAAGAGCAGACCUGACCUCCAUCAAGGAGAACUUGUUGGAUUAGUAUUCCUCCUGUGACAACUGCCUUAACGUAGGGUACAUAGGGAAUCCGGCUAUAUUUAUACCUGAGAGGUAUCUAUUAGAACACAGGAGACACAUUUCAUUGUGCUGUCCACCCUGUUAAUGAGAUUACACUCCCAUACUAUCCUUCUGCAACCUGGCUGGGUGUGUAGUUUAUACUACUACAUUGCUGGAUUUAUUGCCUUUGUUUAUGGUUAAGAACCACUGGAACCCAUUUCAUUUAUUCUUUAUACUCUCAAAGCAAUAAUGUUACAGUACGGAGACAUCACCUUUUCUUUAAAGGACAAUUUAAGUUAAACCCCCAUUUAACAUCACACAUCCAAAAGAUCUGGAAUCAUAAAUGUCUACUUUCAAAUAUUUUCUUCAAACCAACUACCCCAUACUCUGUAAAACCUUGAUUUUCCUUCUCAAAUUGAUGUCAGUUUUAUCUAUGCUUCAAAUGCAAACUCCUCCGCAUAACUCAAGCACGGACAUUAACCGUCCAUUCAUUUUAAAUGCAUAAAGAUUUUUUUUUUUUUUAGAAGAGAUGAUUUAUAUUCAGGAUCUGGCAUAGGAAAGCAUAAAGAGCCUUAUUUGCUAAGUUGUUUACUGGUAACGAGAGACUCGUGUUUACUGCAAAGGUCAGGGACUCUAUUGACAUUGCCUUUCAUCUUUUCCACAUUAACUAAAUAGGAAUUGAAAGGUUAAACUAUGUCGGCAGAAAGCAGCUUUAAGUUUCCUGCGCUUGCUGUAGUAGUUUGGUAGCAGCAUUUAAAUUGAAUUACCAAAGAUGAUUAGUAGCAAUAAUUGCUUUGCUUUCCUCGUUACUCGCAUAUAAAACCCAUCGACCAUGGCAAGCGCUUUUGUGAGACUCCCUUUGUUGCAGUUAUUGCCGUUUCUGUAACUUAAAAGAAAAAUAAAUUCUGCACGCAGUUUCUGUA